AUGGCUUGCUCAAAACGUCCUUCCGACGAUGAUAAUGAGGGUGUCAGUAAAUAUCUGAGGAAGGAUAGUUUAUUUAGUCUCCGUGUUCCUGUUGUUAUCGAAAAAUUGAGUGUAAGACCUGGGUCCAAUUGCAGUCACCAUGUUGUACGAUUGCCAGAAACGACAUUGCCAAUUUUCGAUCCUGAAUAUAUACCCCAAGCCAAACAAUAUAAAUUUAAGCUGGAUGAGUUUCAGCUUAGAUCUAUUCAGUGUUUGGAGAAUAAUCAAUCAGUACUGGUGGCCGCUCAUACCAGUGCCGGCAAGACGGUGGUAGCAGAGUACGCCAUUGCCAUGGGCAUCCUAUACAAGCAUAGAGUAAUAUACACUAGUCCAAUUAAGGCGCUAUCUAACCAAAAGUAUAGGGACCUUUCCGAUGAAUUUAAGGAUGUCGGUUUGAUGACUGGUGAUAUCACUCUUAACCCAACGGCGUCAGUAAUGGUUAUGACAACAGAAAUCUUGCGUAGUAUGUUGUACAGGGGCAACGAGCUUAUUCAGGAAAUGAAAUAUGUCAUUUUUGACGAGAUCCACUAUAUGCGAGAUAGGGAAAGGGGGGUUGUAUGGGAGGAAACAAUAAUUAUGCUCCCAGACACUGUUACAUUUGUAUUUUUAUCAGCUACACUAUCUAACACAACUGAAUUUGCUGAAUGGAUUUGCAGAAUCAAGCACCAACCUUGCCAUGUUAUUUACACCGAUUUCCGGCCUACGCCGUUACAGCAUUAUAUCUUUCCUGCUAACGGUGAUGGUAUUUUUAUGAUUUUGGACGAACACAAGAAUUUCAAACAGCAAGCAUUUUAUCAAGCCUUGGCAACUUUGAGACCAAGUAGUAGUGGAAUUGAUCGCAAACAAAUGAGAUCCAGGGCAAAUCCCGAUAUCGCAAAAAUCGUCACAAUGUGUGAAAAUCGCAAGUAUACACCCAUAAUAAUAUUUUGUUUCAGCAAAAAUGAAUGCGAAGCCAAUGCCACGUUUCUAAAACAACUAGACAUAACUUCAGAGAGUGAGAAGAGUAUGAUUGAGGAGAUAUUUCAAAAUGCAAUGGCAACUUUAGCUGAUGAUGAUAGGAAGUUGCCACAGGCAGUAUCAAUUUUACCAAUGCUUAAACGUGGCAUCGGCAUUCAUCACGGGGGGUUACUACCAAUUAUUAAGGAAGUGAUUGAAAUCCUAUUCCAAGAGUCGCUUAUACGAGUGCUGUUUAGCACGGAAACAUUUUCAAUGGGAAUAAAUAUGCCUGCCAAAACAGUGGUAUUUACAGGUCUAAAGAAAUGGGAUGGUCAGACCCAUCGCAUAAUAACUUCAGGUGAAUAUAUUCAAAUGGCUGGAAGAGCAGGCAGAAGAGGACUAGAUGAUAGGGGUCUCGUCAUAGUAAUGAUCGAUGAAUCUAUGAAAAUAGAAGAAAUGAAGAAGCUAUUUCUAGGGGAUGCAUGUCGUUUAGAUAGUAAAUUCUACUUGGGCUAUAACAUGUUACUGAACCUAAUUAGAAACGAUGGGACCACUCCUGAGUAUAUGAUAGAGAGAUCUUUUCAUCAAUUCCAAAUGGAUAAAGCCACUAUACAAAUGAAAGAACAACUAGAAUUAUCAUCUAAGAAAACACAGGAGAUGAAAAAUGUGUUAAAAAUGGCAAAUAUACCAGAAGAAGAGCACCCUAAUUUCGACGUAAAUGCAGAGGUUGCCAAUUACUACCUAAUGCGUCAUGAAAUAGCAUCACUAAGGGAGGAAUAUAGAAUGAUAAUCAGCGAAUCAGACCAAAUAUUAGACUUUAUCAACCUAGGCAGAUUAGUCAAACUUGUGGACCAAACUACAGGUGCAAAUUGGGGGUGGGGGAUUUGCUUUGGUUCAGCCCGUAUCAAGAUCAAGGACAAGAGAAAGGUUUACAUUGUAGACUGUCUUGUAUCUUGUACACAGACUAGCAUUAAUGGUGAUUGUCCUGUACCUUCAACUAUUGCAACGGAGUCUACAUUUCAGAUAAUCCCAUUCACAUUGGACUGCAUUGUAGAAUGGAGCCAAAUAAGAAUGAAGAUUGACAGCAACUUCAGGGUCUCAUCAUCUACUUGUCAGAUUGAUUUGAGGCACAAAUUUGACCAUAUACUCAAACGGUUUAGGGGCAAUGAUGAAUUACACGAAAUGCCACUGCUGGACCCAAUUAAACAUAUAGGAAUUGAGGAUAGAAGGCUAUGUGAAAUUAUUGCAGCGAUUGGGGAUUUGGAGAAGAAAAUAUCUGCAUCGCCUCUAAUUGGAUUCAAGUACCUAGAUAUCGUAUACAAGAAUUACCUGGAAUAUAUCAAGCUCAAAGAUAGGGAAAAUGAACUUAAAAAGGAGUUCGUUUUGCACAAUAGGUUAGUGCUGUCACAAGAACUUAAAGCUAUGAAGGGGGUACUUGUAGAUUUGAGCUACAUCAGUAGUGAGGGAAUUGUUACGUAUAAGGGAAGAUUUGCCUGUGAAAUAAACGCUUCAGAUGAAAUUAUAGUGACAGAGCUAUUAUUUAGCAAUUUUUUUGAGGGGAUGGAGCCUGAUUAUAUCUGUGCUUAUUUGAGCUGUUUGGUGCAUGAUGAAAAGAAUGAAGUACAUAGUGUCAAUGAUCAGAAAUUAGCGGAUGGGUUUGCCAAGAUACAGGAAAUAGUAAGCAAUGUGGGGAAUGUAAUGGUCAAAAAUAAAAUUGAAAUUACAGUGGAAAACUACGUGGCAAAGUACAGACCGUCGCUCAUGAUGAUAGUCCUUAGGUGGGCGAGGGGAGAAUCGUUCACUGAUAUAUUGGCUAAUUCUUCGGAAUACGAAGGGUCCGUCAUUCGUUCUUUUAGAAGAUUGGAUGAGUUGCUGAGGCAAUUAGCCUGCGCUUGUAGGAGCAUUGACAACUCGACUAUGGAGCAAAAUUUUUUAAACGCAAUGACCAAGAUGAAGAGGGGCAUAGCGUUUUCAUCAUCUCUCUACUUAUGA